AUGGCAACGAUGCUAGCCACCCCUUUGAAACGUGCUGCUUUGGAGACUCCCUCGCGAUUGCCUCCGACAUUCCUCAUACCAUGGAUAGCCAGCCUCAGCUUGAGCACGACAGCGACGGCGACAGCGACAUCACCCGAGACGACUCCUCACAUCAAGCGCGUCACGAGCAGUAGACAUACACCGCAGAAGGCACCACCACAGAAGAAGCCAUUGGGGCGGAGGGGUCUGUCGCUGGCAUCGCAAGACGCAGAUAAUGCCUCUCCAACACCACUGCCACCUCCAUCGUCGCAGACACCCGGCCCAGCUCCAGCAUCCUCACCGUUGCACCUCUCUCCUCAGUUGCGAGAACUACUUCCAGUCCUGAGAGCGCAGGGUCCACAUUAUGUCACUGUCCACAUACAUGGCAAUCCCUACCUGGUGACCGAGGGCGACACACUACGCCUACCCUUCCUGAUGCACGAUGUUGAGCCCGGCGACGUCCUGCGUCUGAACAGAGCCAUCAACUUGGGAAGCAGAGAGUUCACCCUCAAAGCUCCCGCAGCAGCACCGAAGCUGAAGAGUCCCACCACUACGACUGUCGAGGUGCUGGACCCGACAACAGGCUCCCUCGCCAGCCAUUCGCGAGUUAUGCCCACCGGCCCAUUGGCAGCGACACCCACGGCGAUCCACGCGCCACACUUUGUCCCACACAUCGCCAAGGGCAAGUUCUCAUACAUUGACGACAGGCUUUUUGUCUGCAGGGCAGUGGUCAUGGGCGUGGAAAGCGAACCUCUGCGGAUCAAGGAAAAGACGAAGCGAAGGAACAGGCAUGUGAGGAAAGUGAAGAGCAAGCAUCGAUAUACCAUCUUGAAGAUCAAGGAGCUGCGGAUAAAGAGUCUCGAGGAGCUUCAGAGUGAGAAGGACAAGGCGGCGUCCACAUCGACGGAAGCUCUGCAGUCACAAUUGACACAAAUGUUCACGAAAUAG